UUUGGUUCCAUCUCUACUUUGUGGCCACACACGCGUUUUUUCCCAAAUCAAAUCGUGCUCUUUUGAAAUUCUGUUUCUUGCACAUCGACGGUGCGUUGUGCUCGUGCAACAAACGAAAACCGGAAUGCGACCAGCGGCAAAUGUUAAAUUGCAAUCAAAAGUGUAGAUUUCGCGGCGGUAAAACGCCAAAAUUCGUACCGAAUCGCUGCGCGCGUGUGUGUGUGAGCAGAGCGUGAAGAAGAGGAACGAAGAAUUGCGAAAGCAGUGUGUGCGGAAGAAGCACAAAGACAAAAGGAAGGUGAAAAUAUUUCAAAUAUAUAUCAAAUUUAUCCGGCAGACCUGAAAAAUAGAACAAAUAUUGAAGAAAACGGGCGGCAUGCUGAAAAGCGUGCUUGUGCCCAGAAUUUGCUCUUCAUUGGUGGCCAAGAAGCCAAAUCCUGAUCAAACGCGGCCAGUUUGUGGCGCCAAACAGAAUAUUAUUUAAAAAUAUCGCCGCGUGUGUAAAACCUCGGCGAAACGCGAACAAAAAAAAAAAACCACGACGGCGUGCGUAAGCGCACUCACACCUUUACAUACGCACAGACAGAGAGAGAAGGCAGGAUAGAGAGUGAGAACGAAGCGAGUGAGCGAACAUUAUCCGCACCUACACAUACAAACUCGCUCGCAGGAAUUUCAACAGUGUGUGCUUUUUUUUUUUGGUUUUUUUUUACUUACGUUUUUUUGUUGUGUGUGCGGAAACGCUGCUUUUUCGAGUUUUUCAUCUCUCUUUUGUGCCGUUGCUUCGCCGGCUAAAAAGGUGAGUCUAAAUCUAAAGCGGCAUAAUGGAGGAUGCACAGGAGCAAUGGGAAUCCUCGCAAGCCGAAUUGGCCAAAAAGCAUCCGCUGACGCCGCUCAAGGAACUGCCUGAAGAAAGCGAGGAGGAGGAGGAGGAGGAUGAAUCCUCGGCGGGAGCCCAACGGGAGGCUGACAGCAACAACUCCAUCAUGGGCAAGAUGAAGAGGCGCGUGUCCAGCAUUCUGCCUGCCUCCUUGAGCGGUUGGUUUUCGCCCUCGUCCAAAGAUGGGAACGAUGCCUUAUCCUCCCCAGCUAAUCUCCGCCAGUCACAGCCACGCCAGUCCAAUGGACGCUCAACUACCAAGCGGAAACGUGGACGCCGUCGGAUAAUGCUAGCCGAAGCGGAUGCCGAUGCAGCCGACGAUCUUGAUGACGGCUCCGAUGCCAAGGGCCUGAACUACGAGGAGGUUGCCCUGGCCGACAAUAUAGCCGAGCACGACCUAGCCGCCGAGGAUGAGCAGACGCGUCGGAGCGAGUACAAUGUGUUCCUGCUGCGCAAGCGAGCCGGGGCUGUUACAGCUGCCGGCUGUGAUGAGGAUGAGGCCGAGGAGGAUGAACUGGAAGAGGACGACGAGGAAGGCGAUGAGGAGGAUGACGAUGAAGAGCAGGAGAAUCUCCAACAGUCCGCCCGCGUGCAGACCAAGCGUCGACGCCUGGAGCUGGAGACCCCCGUCAAUUUGCCCAACAUGCGUCGUCUGCCCCUAUUGUCAUCCACGCCUGCUGCUCCGCUCGCGGCUGCCACCAGUUCCUCCAGCUCCUCCAGCUCGCAGAUGUACAAGAGCGUCAGCCAGUUGGCUCCACAUCGGCGCAACCACCUCAAUUUGUAUGGUAAUCAACGGCAGCGCGAACCCGCGUACAACUUUUUUACGGGCAACGAAGCCGCCGAGGGAAGCACUGGGGAUCUGCCACACAGCAUCCGCCGUUCACUGAACAUACCUUUCGGAGGAAGCAGCACCGCUACCAGCUACAACAACAGCCUCUCCAGCCUUCCUAACCACAAGCGACCACCGCUCAUAGGCAAGCGAACCCAUCGACGCGAUCUUACAAUGGAUGAGACGGAGACUGGUCCGGCCAUGAGUUCGGAAGAACACCUCAAUCAUUUGCUGGGAAUAAGCAGGACCAACAACAACACUAGCAACAAUAAUAAUAAUAAUAACAACAAUGUCAUUAAGACAAAAACAAGACGAAGUGAACUGUCUGCAGCCGCAGGAGGUGGCGGCGAUUCUCAGUCCGAGAGCGAUUUGAACGAAUGCCACGACAAUGGCGAAGGGCACGAAGGACUGCGCCGGUCGCAUUACAGCAGCAACAGCAAUUUAGAAUUUUACGGAAAUCUUCAGAGCUCGAAGUCAAUAUUUAACAGGAGCAACGCCGCCGCACAGCAAUCGCAUCGGAAUUCUACGUGGUCGCUGAACUCCCUGACCCAACGACGUCGCUUCAAUGCGUCCAUAUACGGCAGUACGUCGGCACUGAGCGACAGUCGUUUGCUGAGUGGCAGUGCCUCUAAUUCAGGCUCUGCAUCUGCCUCUAGCUCGCCCUUUUACCAGGGACGCACCACCUUUGGCGGCUAUUCCGGUAACAAUCGCCUCUUCAGUCGCAGCAAUCUGAGCUCAUCCGCCGCAUCCUCAAUAAUGGGACUCAAUUCUGCCGGCAGCUCACCGGCGCAUCCGCUGCAUGCUUCCAUGACUGGUGGUAUUGGAUACGGUAUAAAAGCGGUAGACAUGCGACCUUCAGACUCCGGCAAUCUUGCGGCGACAUCUGUGGGCCAAUGUGGCAGUAAGAAACCCGGUACCGGGCUGUCGAACACCACGAUGCGCAUCCUCAACCUGCUGGAAAGCUACUCCACGCCAUUGAUCGAUGCCAAGCGCAUGGGCAGCAGCAUCAAGGAGCAUCAAACCAGUCGCCAGCAGCGCCUGGGUACGCCAGCCACCCCGUAUCUACGUUCCACAAGUGCCAGCAGCAAUGCUCCGGUGCCCAAUCACAUCAACGAGUUGGCGGAACUGCGCUCCAACAAACUGCUGGUGCCGACGAUGCAGCAGCUUCUGGAACGCCGUCGCCUGCACCGCGUUACACAGAACUCUCGAGAUGUGGUUCACAGCCGGAACGUUCGUGCUGGUGGGGAAAAUAACGAGGAAAAGCCCAAGCAAGCUGCCCCAUAUGUUGCUCCGAUAGACCAGUCGUCUAACCAUACUCACCACACAAACAAGAUGCGUUCGCGUCUUUCGCACCAGACGCGCAACAAGGAGCCACGCACGGCGGAAGAGGAAGCACCCCCGCCCCUGGAGUUGCCACAGAUCAGCUUUCCGGAAAUGGCAAGCGCGCCAAAGUUUGAUUUGAUAAUCAAACCCACGGUGCCAGUGGUAUCAAAGCCAUCUACCACCGACCCAAUCCCAAGUAGCAAAAGUAUCAGCAGCAACCUCUCUACUACAAACUCCAAGCAGAUGCCAAACUUCCUGGCUAAUCCCCAGCCUGCGGCACCAAUUGUUAACUUCGCUGCCAAUGGAAACGUUCCUGCAAUCAGUGAACCAACUAGACGCACAUUCACUUUCUCGGAACCCAUACCUUUGUCGAACUUUAGGGAGAACUGCAUCCUCAAGACGAAGAUCAAUCGCAAUUUCACCUUCCCGUCACCGGCAUCACUGGAUGAUUUGCGUACAACGAACGAGCAGUCGCAGCCAACCAUAAACGGAACACCGUCAUCCAAGGAGUGGGAGUGUGAUACGUGUAUGGUGCGGAACAAGCCCGAGGUCAACAAGUGUGUGGCCUGUGAGACGGCCAAGCCGGUAGCAUCUGCGGCUACUGCCCAAGCACCAUCAGCACCACCUACGGCAGCUAUUGAGACACAAAGUUUCGGUGGUUUUGGGGAUCGCUUCAAGAAAUCAACGACUGACUGGGAGUGCGAUGCCUGCAUGCUGUCCAAUAAGGCUGAAGCCAGCAAAUGCAUUGCCUGCGAGACUCCAAGGAAAACUGUUGCACCAAAGGUCAACAACUUCUCACCGUUGAUUACAAAUGCGAAAAGCAACGAGUGGGAGUGCUCCGUGUGUCUGGUGCGCAACAAAGUCGAGGUUAGCAAGUGUGUGGCCUGUGAGUCGGCCAAACCAGGCCCAAUUAUCGCUCUCCCUGCAACAUCUAAUAUAGCUGUUGCGACUCCCUCUAUGAUUACGGACAGCUUUGGGGAUCGCUUCAAGAAAUCAACGACUGCCUGGGAGUGCGAUGCCUGCAUGCUGUCCAAUAAGGCUGAAGCCAGCAAAUGCAUUGCCUGCGAAACUCCGCGAAAGACUUCGACUCCAAUAGCGAACAGCCUCCCGUCGAUGAACAAUAAUUUGUCAGCCGGAUCCGGUUUUGAUAUGUCCUUCAUGAAAAAGGCAAACAUGUGGGAGUGCCAGACGUGCCUGGUGAUGAACAAAUCGAGUGUUGCGGAAUGCAUUGCCUGUCAAACGCCAAACUCAAGGGCGAGUAGCAACAACAACGAGUCCGCACCAAGUUCAUCCAUGAGCUCUUUCCCCUUGUUCUCCGGAACUUUAUCCAGAUCCUCAUCUAGAUCAUCCUCUGGGUCAGCCUCAACCUUUGGGUCAGUUGGUUCGGGAUCUAUCGUCAGCAUUAGCUCCACGAGCGAAAGCUCCAAAACAUUAUCAACAAGUAAGGUGCCCCCCAAGCCGGAUACGGGAUUUCAGCAGCUGGUGGCAGCCCAAAAAUCAGCAACUUGGGAAUGCGAAGCAUGCCUGGCAAAGAAUGAUAUGUCGCGGAAGACGUGUAUCUGCUGUGAGCAGAUGAUGCCGGAAGCAUUGAACCCUGCCGCAGCAACGACCAACUCCGCAGCCAGUUCGGUACCCAAAUUUCGUUUUGGAUUUUCUCAUGUAAAGGAGGUUGUCAAGCCAUCUGUGGAAACGACGACCACUCCAGCACCAACUUCCGCUCAAUUUAGCUUCGGUUUCGGUCAAAGCAAUCAGGGUAAGGAUGUGGCGGACAGCAAGAAGACGGAGGCCCCGAAGACCUUUUCGUUUGGCGUGAGCAAAGUGGAAGAGCCCAAGACGGUGACUUUUGGGACAGACAUCAAGGAAACGACUGCCACAUCCAGCUCAGAAGCAACAGCUCCAGCUGCAGCUGCAGCACCACUCCAGUUUGUAUUCAAGGCACCGACUACCGCAACCACGGCCUCCAGCUCAAUCACCACCACAAUCAGCACCACCAGCAACGCUCCUGCUUUGGGUGGCUUCAGAUUUGACGCUCCAUCAUCGUCCUCUGCAGUUUCCAGUUCGACGGCCAGCACCAGUGUGAAUCCCGCGGCUGUCAAGCCCAUGUUCAGCUUUUCCGGAGCUGGCAGUGCCGUGAGCAGCACCAGUAGCAGCCAGCAGCCAGUGGCCAAGGCGACAACCAUGGGUUUUGGUGUUUCCUCCGGCACCGUAGCAACGACGACAACCUCUACGAAAGUCUUUGCUUUCACACCGGCAUCUGCUCCAGCUCCGUCAGCAGCCACCUCGACACCAGCUCCAGCUGCCGGCUUAACCUUUGGAAGUCAGUCAAAGCCAGCGACCACACAGAACACUGGAACCUUCUUCUUUGGCCAGCCAACAGCGGCUGCGCCAGCAACGCCAACCAACUCUAGCGUGAGCUCCAUCUUCGGGGCACCAGCAACAAGCACCACUGCAAACACCAGCGUGAGUGCCACCACCACCACCGCCAACGCCAUUGCAUCCAGCUUUGCGACCACCUCGACCCCUCAGCUCUUUGGCAAUUGGGGUGAAAAUAAAACGGACAUGACCACCAGCAGCGCGACCAAGCCAUUCACCUUUGGUGCUCCUUCCGUUUCGGGAACGACUACAACGCCCAGCUUCGGCUGGUCGAGCAAUGGAGAUGCGGCAAAGAGCAACAGCGUUGCGGUCGGCAGUGCGGCGGUUCCUUCGUCUUCGGCCUCCAAGAUGGCGACUCCGAUAUUUGGAAGCAGCUCCAUGUUUGGACCAUCCAGUAGCAGUAACAACACAACCAGCACCACUAGUCUACCAUUCGGAUCAGCGGCGACCACUGCCGCAACCACGCAGGCGGCGGGCGGCAAUGGACCGCUUACUGGGAUAUUCGGCAAUGUGGGCAACUCUCUAGUGGGAGUAGGAGCUCCUGUAGCCACAACACCAGCGGCAACAGCCGCUGCUCCAUUGGCCAACUUUUUUGGCAAUCCCACGCCAGUUGCUGCGGCCGCCCCUGUCUUCGGCAGCGGGAGUACCAUCACAAGCGCAGGAUUUGGAGCACCUGCUGCAGCUGCUCCGUUGGCGGGCACAGCGUUACCAGGAGCAUUUAACUUUGGCGGAGCCACUGCAGCCACGCCAGCUGCCUCAAGUGCUCCAUAUAAAUUCGGAAGCAGCACCAAUGAGCCGCUGGCCAAACCAGCGUUCAACUUCACCGGCUCGGCGGCGAGCUCGACUGCUCCUGCGCCAGCCUUCAAUUUCUCGGCCAAUACGGCGGCAACUAAUCUCACCGAUUGCGAUUCGCAUCCGCGCAUCUUCCAAUUCGGUAGUUCGCAACCGGCGGCCAAUAACCAGUUCGGUGGUAUGGGCAGUGCCACCAACCAAUCCGACGGCGGUAUGCCCAUGUUUAAAUUUGCGCCCGGGCCGCCGCAGAUGCAGCUUCAAUCCGACAGCCGCUGGCAACUCGGCGCAGAGUUCCCAAAUGGCUCGCCGCAAAAUCCGUGCCCCCGCACGCCGUCUGCCGCCCCGGUAGAAAUGGCAUCGCAGUCGGCCAUCACGAUAGCAAAUGAGGCCGCCGUCGGAUUAGGAUUAGGAUUUCGGGUGCCAUUGCCGAGAGCAGCAGGAUCAGCGGUAGCAGAAGCAGAAGCAUCGAGGGCCGAAGACACAGGAGACGACGGGGGCAAUAACAGUGAGCUCAAUGGUUCGGUCCAGAGCCAAUAUCACCAGGAGCCAGAUAUUCAAGGAUCAUCGAGGAUGUACAUGCAGCCACGUCAGCCGCCAUUUGUGAACAAAUACCGCUUCGUACGCCGCCGCCACAGCCUGGACGGUAGUACCAAUGCAGUCGUCCCCUUCAGCAGGAAUAAAUGGCGGAGAACAGCGGAACUGAAUACAGCAGGAGAAGGCCAUAAAACCAGUGGCGGCGACGUUCCUGAAACACCAACACCUCUUGGCGACCAGGAGGACAAUCACCAGGAGGGACGACAUUCACCGGUAUAUACAUCAACAAAACGAACUGUACUAGUAAGGACCCAAUUCAAGAUAGUGCGGCAAAGGAGCGUCAUAUCGAAAAAAAAAUAAGAAGUUUUCGAAUAGCUGUUAAAAAGCUAAGGGAUAGGUUCUUUCCACAUCCUUCUCUGCUCUCCGAUGAUUGGGAGAUGACCACGCGAAUGUCGCUCAUACUACACAUAUUGAUGAUUAUGAUGAUUACAAUGAUUACAAAUUAUACAAACACUUCGUUGGAUUUACGGCAGAAUUGGUCGCACCAAAAAAACGAAAAUGAACAUAUUUUAACGUUAUUUUUGUUGAAUAUAUAAUAUACCUUAACGAUAAUUAUGUAAUAAUUAUUUUGCGAAAUAGUAAAGAAACGUGUAAUGCUGCAAUCAAACAGAGAUGCGAGGCCAAUUAAUAGCGCAAAAAAUCAACUACUAUAUAAUGUAGUAUACGUAUAUUCGAGUUAUUGGCCGAAGCGUCGAGCAGAUGAUGAUUGCAGUCAGAUAAGAGCGACCGGCGAACGAUUGCAUUAAGUCUUUAGUUUUUGUUAUUAAUUUUAGCGUUUAGAUUCACACACACAAUUCAUACGAGGGAAAUACCUGCAGCCAAGGUGGAAAGCCAACAAAUUAAAGAAAAACAACUAUCUAGCAACGUAAAGAAACAAAACCUAUAGCUAACAGAUAACAGAUUAGAUGAAAAGAUUAGAGAGAAUGUGGUGGCAAACUGGAAAACCGAAAAAGUUAUAACUGUAUGCAUGUUUUUUAUAUACAUAAAUACAUAAAGAACAUUUAAUAUUUUAUUUUAAUUUUAAAUUGAUCAUUUUUAAGUGGAGAACAGAAAUGGAAAUCAGAAGUCUUUAUGUUGAGAGAGAAACGGUAUCAUAAUGUAAAUAAGUAAAUAUAUUCGGUAUGAUAAUUUAAA